AUCAGGGCUCAAGCAUCAGCUAAGGACCCGCUUUCAACUCCACCUUCCCAACACACCCACAGACAUUGACAUUGAGAGGAUCUUCCUAGCUCUUCGACUCUGACUCCAUAUUGACCAAAACACCCCCAAAUGGGCAACUGCAGUGGCUACCCCUCCGCCCGAACCCAACUACCUUCAGACACUACCUCCUCCACUACCACUACCACCGCCACCCGAUCAGACGAUCCGGCCAAUAAUGAUAUCAAGAUCCUCCCCACAACGUCCAAACCUUCCCAAACGCCUCCUCCGCUGGGCCGCGUGUUGGGCCGGCCCAUCGAGGACGUCCGGUCUACCUACACCUUCGGCCGCGAGCUCGGCCGCGGCCAGUUCGGCGUGACCUACCUGGUCACCCACAAGCGCACGCGCGAGCAGUUCGCGUGCAAGUCAAUCGCCACCCGCAAGCUCGUCAACCGCGACGAUAUCGAAGACGUCCGGCGGGAGGUCCAGAUCAUGCACCACCUCACGGGCCACCGCAACAUCGUCGAGCUCAAGGGCGCAUUCGAGGACCGCCACUCCGUCAACCUCGUCAUGGAGCUCUGCGCCGGCGGCGAGCUCUUUGACCGUAUCAUCGCCCGAGGUCACUACUCCGAGCGCGCCGCAGCCAUAGUCUGCCGCCAGAUCUUCACCGUCGUGCACAACUGCCACUCCAUGGGAGUGAUACAUCGGGACCUUAAGCCGGAGAAUUUCUUGCUCCUGAGCAAAGACGAGGAUUCGCCGCUCAAGGCCACGGAUUUCGGUCUCUCCGUGUUCUUCAAGCCAGGAGAUGUAUUUAAAGAUCUUGUUGGAAGUGCAUAUUAUGUAGCUCCUGAGGUGCUGCGCCGGAAUUAUGGAGCUGAAGCGGAUAUUUGGAGUGCUGGGGUGAUACUUUACAUUCUACUUAGUGGGGUACCACCUUUCUGGGGAGAGAAUGAACAAGGUAUUUUUGAUGCUGUUCUUCGAGGACAUAUUGAUUUCACAUCUGAUCCUUGGCCAUCCAUAUCCAGUAGCGCCAAAGAUCUUGUGAAGAGGAUGCUACGAGCUGAUCCUAAGGAACGUCUGUCAGCAGCUCAAGUCCUUAGUCAUCCAUGGAUGAGAGAAGAUGGGGAUGCAUCUGAUAAGCCUCUUGAUAUUGCUGUUUUAACCAGAAUAAAACAAUUCAGGGCAAUGAACAAGCUCAAAAAAGUUGCUCUAAAGGUAAUUGCAGAAAAUCUUUCUGAAGAAGAAAUCAUGGGCAUGAAGGAGAUGUUCAAAUCUAUGGAUACAGACAACAGUGGAACAAUCACUUUUGAAGAGUUGAAAGCUGGUCUUCCAAAACUGGGUACUAAGCUUUCUGAGUCUGAAGUGAAGCAAUUGAUGGAAGCGGCUGAUGUGGAUGGAAAUGGGACUAUUGAUUACAUCGAGUUUAUAUCAGCUACUAUGCACAUUAAUAGAGUGGAUAGAGAGGACCACCUAUACAAAGCAUUCCAGUAUUUUGACAAGGACGAGAGCGGGUACAUUACAAUGGAAGAGUUAGAGCAUGCCCUUAAGAAGUAUAAUAUGGGGGACGAAAAAACGAUUAGGGAGAUCAUUGCUGAAGUUGACACAGACAAUGAUGGAAGAAUUAAUUACGAUGAAUUUGCCUCCAUGAUGAGGAAAGGCAAUCCAGAAUUGGUCACAAACAGACGACGAAAAUGAGCUUUACACAAUUAGCAUGUUUCGCUGGGCUCUACCACUCUUGGCUCGACUGGUACGUUAAUUUAUGUGGGUUGUGUUAUGAUUCCGGAUCACAUUUUCCAUCUCAAUGUAGCAAUAUCAGAUCGCAAGGCAAUCCUUGCCAUCUGAAAUUGUUUGUGGAUUGUUCAUGGCUGCUCUUCACUGGAAGAAAUCAGCUAGAAUGGCACCGGCUUCGGGAUAAUUGCACUGAUUUACCUAGAUUAGAUGCUUUAAUGUGUCGGUAAAUACGAACUCCGGUACUCAUUGCCGACAAGGGAAAAGAAAAGAAGAGAGAAAGAACACGUGUGCUGUUCAAUACUUGUUUCCGAAUGUUUGGCCACGUUUUAUGUAACAACUGAAUUGGUGGUUGAUCUCAAGUCCACCAAUGUCCAAGCCUAGAAUAUGCU